GUUACACAGUCAGGAAAACAUGUGAACAAGUGUCAACCAUGUUAUUAGACAUUCUCUGACCAUGGUGUCAACAUUGGACUGCAUCGCACCACUUUUUACAGUACUCUACUAGAUAUUCUAUGUCACUGUACACCUACCUAUCAUGGAGCUGACAUGGACUGAUUCCCCUGAUACCAGCAGUGUUUUUUUCACCCGAGAUAUUUAUGACAAAUUCUCUCUCGCACCAAAUAUUAAAGAACUAUGGAGCAUCCUUCACAGUCCAAAGGUAAAGGCAGAGUCGCAAGAAGCAGCUGAAAAAAAUCAAGACUUGCCUCCUGAUCCACCACAACUUGAUAGCGAUGACACUUCAGGUGUUGACAGUGACCAUGACGCGGAUGAAAACCCUCAAGUCAAAAAGAAUGCUGCCAAGAAAAUCUCUGAAGGAGUUUUGGGUGGUAAAGCUGUAGUCUCAGCGCAGAAGUUUCCGGAGCCCAGAAUACCCUAUCCGCGUUUCAGUGCCGUCAGCAAGCACCACCAUUACCAAUACAUAAACUGGUUACGGAACAGGUCUCGCAUGCUCCCACCACAGCAUGUAGUGCAAAAAAUCAGACAGGAGGUAUCAGAGUUCAUGGGGUAUCUGCAGGAGGCCGCCAGAGCCUGUGCAGAGGAUUACAACUACAUUUCCCAGGGUGCAGCCCAAUAUUGUGAGGAGUAUUUGAAAUCCUUUUAUGAUCAUGUGAGGACCUAUCCCCAGUUGUAUGUCCUUCAAGAAACUACCAGUCUUCUGGGGAAUGUGUAUAUGCCAAAUCUGUCAUUAAACACGGAGAAACAACUUCUUGCAAUGGGAAACAUUGAUGUUGGAUUCAAAACGAUUCUGACUAAGGACUCUCAGCUGUCAGUUGAUUACGAUUGUGUAAACUCUGCAAAUCCUCCAUCUAAAAAAGCAAGAGAUGUGCACAAGGCGGUCAGCAGCGACGAGACAGCGGAGAGGCUGAGCAAUAAGUACGAGCCCGACGUGUGUCUGACCAGAGAGACCCUGGUGCAGAUCCUGGACCAGAGUGCCGAGUUCACUGAGGACUGGGAGGUGCCGGUGUGGGUGAAGCUGAACUCUCUGACAGGUAAAAAGACAGUGUACAUUGACCCUCCUCUGCUGAAGAAGGACCUAACUGUGAGAGAGAAGAACCAUCUCUUCCAUGAGGAGAGCAUUAAAUUGGCAUUUAAGAAGAAAGUCCCCAAACCUGUGUUCUUCCUCAUGACCGGCCAACUUAGCCCAGAAAAACAGCGUCAACCCAAGGAGGGCCAGUUGAGGAAGCCCGUGGCAACAGAGAGCACAGACAUGGAAUUUGAGGUGGAUUUCACAGAGCUGGAGUCUUUCGGAGAAUCCACGCCUUUUCUCAAGAAAAAGACAAGCCAAAACACUACAGAGAAAACAGAACCUGUCAGGAAACCCAGCGUGGCCGAGGCCAGAUUGUCUCCCAAAGCCUCUCAGCCUCGCAACUCUCCCCAGAAACUCAGCACCAGUACACAAAGUUCAAAGAAGGACCCCGCUAAAGAAGAUGCAUGCAAAUUGGAGUCCCAGGGGGCUGAUGUGGACUCAUCGUGGACAGACGUUGAGGAUGACCCCGCAGAACAGAGCGAUAGCGCUGUUGUGGACACACAGUCAGAGCAGGGAGACAGGCAUGCAAGCGCAACAGAACAGGAAGAGGAAACCAAGGGGUUCACCACAGCCAAACGAAGCCGCACAGCCUCGGUGUGCUCCGCCGACUCCGACGAAUCCAGGCUCUACAUCGACGACGUGCCUUCCACUGGGUCAGUCAGCGGGUCAGCUAAGAAGCCUGCCCACCCUCCUCCCCCGAGCAGAGCCCCCGCGGCCUCCCACCCCCGCCCAGCCACCCCCCUAUCCCCCCAGGCCGGUGUGCGGGCUAACAGGGUGGUCAAGAGGCCUCGACUGGAGGGGCAGUGCGAUCAGCUGGGCCAGAUCCUCCGCAUGCAGAGCGCCAUGCUCAAACCUCAAACACCCAACACGAGCUCCAGGACUCAGGAGACGAGCCAGCCUGCAGAGCCCAGGCCAGCGGACACCCCCAGCCACAGCCUGGUCAAGUCCUCUGUCACCUCCUUCCUGGAGGGCAAGGAGAGAGAGGACGGUGUCACCCACCCUGGCCCUACUCUCACUGUGCUGCAUCUCAACAACAGUCAGAAAUGCCUGCUCCGUGAGGAUCUGCAGAGCUGUGUGGAGGAUGAGACGGACUUUGAGGCGCCUCAGGAGGGGAACGUGCUCUAUAAGCUGUACAGCCUCCACGACCUGCUGGUGCUGGUCCGCUCGUCCAUCCCGCUGGGCCACAGCAGAACCAGCCCCUCCGGUUCCCACUGCGUUGUGCCCAUAAGUGUGUUGCCCAAGCUGGAGUAUCAGCUGAGUUACGGGGCGGAGUGUGUGACCAGCAGCGAGGCCUGCAGACUGUGGGCGGACACUCUCCUCAACCCCAGCACCGUGUCCUAUAUAGCCCGUAUCAAUGCCCACACAUCAAAGCUGGUGGAACUGCAAGAGCUGCCAUCUGAUUGGAUGCAGAGCAUUUCCUGUGACUUCCACCCAGCCCGAUCCCUCAACAUCCUCCACCACGUAUUGAAAAAGGUCACUGGACUGGCAGAGGGGAGAUACCUGCUGAGCCACAGAUCCUGCAUGCCCCACUUUACCAUCCUGAAGGCCUGUGACGCGGUGGCCUCGGCCCGCAGCCCCUACGACCUGCAGGCGUCCUACAGCCAGACUCCCCCCGCCAGGACCCCCAGCGCUGUCCCCUGGGUACCAGUGGACCCCAACCACCUGCUGCCCUUUCACAAGCACCAUGGCAGGGUCCCAUGCACGUUCCCCCUGCACGAGCCCAGGAACCCACAGCAGGGUCCGGCAAGGCCCAGGCACCCUAACCAGCAGAAACAGUCCAAGCCCCUGUCCAAGGCCCAGAAGAGGAGGAGGAAGAAGCAGGCUGCCAAGCAGAAGAAAGGGAAGCAGGCAGGGAACAGCAAAGCCAAGCAGAGCCCCAACUAAGGAGGAGGAAGACGAAGCAAACCUCAACAGUCAUUGUUUACUUCUCUGUCUCAGCCCUUGCACUUAAAUUGACACGUGUAAAGUGCUGUAUAAAGAAAUAGACUUAGAGAAGGAGAUUGAAGUAUGUGUUUUUUUAUUUAUCAUUUUGUAAAAAGAUACCAUAUGCACUGCAUUUUGAUACAGAUGUCCGUAAUAAUAAAGUAAGUUAUUUUUGGAA